AGCUCAAGUCACCGGCACGAAAGGCGCCCACUCCGAGCGCAGUGCGUGUUCUCUCGUGCCACGAAACCCCUCGCGAGUGAGUGAAGUGAAGUGGGACCCAUACGGACUUGUUUUCACAGAUUUAUUAUAUAUAUAUAUAAAGGUUCGACUAUUCUCUAUGAUGCUUCUCCGACGCGUCACUCAUGGCGCGCAGCUCAGCAGCGUCGCGCAGCUGGCGCCCCGUCGCCACAAAUCCUACGUGCUAAAGUUUCUUCGCGGAAAGCUGCCAGACGACCUGAAAGAUUGCGCCGGCGCCCUCGGUUGCCUGUACGGCAGUCUUCCCGAUGUCGACGAGUACCGGCAGUUCGUCGUCCCACUGCACGUCCUACAGCAGUACCACCAACUCGGGUUCGCGAAGCUGCCGCGCACCGUGCUCGAGCCGGCGCAGGCGGACAUCCUCGCGGAUGAAGUGAAUCAGCUGGCGAACAACGUCGAGCACCACCCCAAGUCGGAGCACCUGUACUCCACCUCCCUCGCGGACCUCACGGGCGGUCCGCUCUUUUACUGCCAGGGCCAGUGGCGCUGCUCGUGGGGUAUGCACGACCUCGUCUACAUGCCGACCCUCACCGUGGCAGCGUCGCAGGCACUCGGCAAUCGACUCGUGCGUCUGUGGUACGAUGAGGUGUUCAUGAAGGAGGCGCGCACCGGGCCAUGCAUUCCGUGGCAACAGCAGUACGUGCGCUGGCAGCACACCACACCGGUCAACCACGUCACCAUUCUCGUGGCGCUGGACACACUGAACAAAGACCGCGGCGCUCCGUGCCUUAUCCCGGGCAGUCACCGCUGGCGCGAGGGACAGCUCCUCCCCCCGGUGCCCUACGACCCGACGCAGGGCGAGGCGCAGCAGCUGAACACGAUUUGGAGCAUCACGACCGACGACGAGCAGGAGAUGCUGGCCGACACGCCGCCGGUCACGGUGGACCUGCGCCGCGGUGAGGCGCUGCUCGUCCAUCCGUUGACCCUCUUCGCCACGCACGGCAACCGAUCGCUGGACGCGGCGCGGUGCUGCUGCGUGCAUUACAUGGGCGAGGAAACCUACGCCGCAAUGGACGGCCCGUUGUUGCCGCACACAACGCGGUUUCGCGCAGGUGCGCGUGUGAGUGGGCCGUACUUCCCGGUUGUGUUCGACCCCGCCAUGACGGAGGAUCUCCUCCUGCUGGACGCCGAAAAGGCCAGCAGUGCGGUGUGA